UUGACGGUGGCCGUGGUCCAGCGACCUGCCCCCGACGUCAGAGCCAGGCCUCCCAGGGCAGCAGAGGGCAGGGCCAUCCUCCUCCACGGUAUUUAAAGCCGGAGGCUCUGCCACCCAGCGUGGCCUUCCCACUGGGAACACCCCUUGCCGGCGGGAAGACGGGGAAGCCCUCUGGGAUCACCCAACGGGAAGAGAGGUGAGCUCGGCACUCGGAGCCUUUCUUACACACCUGCAGAAAUGCCUCCGCAGCUGCACAACGGCCAGGACCUCUCCUCCAAAGUCACCCACGGCAGCCUGGACAGCCUGCCUCGGGCAGUGAGGGAGUUCGUGGAGAGCAGCACGCAGCUGUGUGAGCCCGACCACAUCCACAUCUGCGAUGGCUCGGAGGCGGAGAACGGGCGGCUGCUGGCCCGCAUGCAGGAGGACGGCGUCAUCAGGAAGCUGGACAAGUAUGAUAAUUGUUGGUUGGCUCUCACUGACCCCAGGGAUGUGGCCAGGAUAGAAAGCAAGACCGUGAUCAUCACCCAGGAGCAAAGAGACACAGUACCCAUCCCCAAAACCGGCCCCAGCCAGCUGGGUCGCUGGAUGUCAGAAGAGGACUUUGAGAAAGCGUUCAAUGCCAGGUUCCCGGGGUGCAUGAAAGGUCGCACCAUGUAUGUCAUCCCAUUCAGCAUGGGGCCCCUGGGCUCCCCACUCUGCAAGAUCGGUGUCGAGCUGACCGACUCACCCUACGUGGUGGCCAGCAUGCGGAUCAUGACCCGCAUGGGCACCGCUGUCCUGCAGGCCCUGGGUGAUGGGGAGUUUAUCAAGUGUCUCCAUUCCGUGGGCUGUCCUUUGCCUUUAAAAAAGCCUCUGAUCAACAACUGGCCCUGCAACCCGGAGCUGACGUUCAUCGCCCAUCUGCCCGACCGCAGGGAGAUCGUGUCCUUCGGGAGCGGCUACGGGGGGAACUCGCUGCUUGGGAAGAAGUGCUUUGCCCUCAGGAUAGCCAGCCGGCUGGCCAAGGAGGAGGGGUGGCUGGCAGAGCACAUGCUGAUCCUGGGCAUCACCAACCCCUUGGGCGAGAAGAAAUACCUAGCGGCGGCCUUCCCCAGUGCCUGCGGGAAGACCAACCUGGCCAUGAUGAACCCCACACUCCCGGGCUGGAAGAUAGAGUGCGUGGGGGACGACAUAGCUUGGAUGAAAUUCGAUGACCAAGGUAACUUAAGGGCCAUCAACCCAGAAAAUGGCUUCUUUGGUGUCGCUCCCGGGACCUCAGUGAAGACGAACCCCAACGCCAUCAGGACCAUCCGACAGAACACCAUCUUCACCAACGUGGCCGAGACCAGCGACGGCGGCGUGUACUGGGAAGGCAUCGAUGAGCCGCUGGCCUCGGGCGUCACCAUCACUUCCUGGAAGAACAAAGAGUGGCACCCACAGGAUGGGGAACCUUGUGCCCACCCCAACUCUCGGUUCUGCACGCCCGCGAGCCAGUGUCCCAUCAUUGACCCUGCCUGGCAGUCUCCGGAAGGCGUACCCAUCGAGGGCAUCAUCUUCGGAGGCCGCAGACCUGCCGGUGUCCCUCUUGUCUACGAAGCCCUCAACUGGCAGCACGGAGUAUUUGUUGGAGCAGCCAUGAGAUCAGAGGCCACUGCAGCGGCAGAGCACAAAGGCAAGGUCAUCAUGCACGACCCCUUUGCCAUGCGACCCUUCUUUGGCUACAACUUCGGCAGAUACCUGGCCCACUGGCUGAGCAUGGCUCACCGCCCAGCAGCCAAGCUGCCUAAGAUCUUCCAUGUCAACUGGUUCCGGAAGGACAAAGAAGGCAAAUUCCUCUGGCCAGGCUUUGGGGAGAACUCCAGGGUGCUGGAAUGGAUGUUCAACCGCAUCAACGGCGAAGACAGUGCCCAGCUCACGCCCAUUGGCUACAUCCCCAAGGAGGACGCCCUGAACCUGAAAGGCCUGGGGCACAUCGACAUGAAGGAGCUCUUCAGCCUCUCCAAAGAGUUCUGGGAGAAGGAGGUGGAAGACAUCGAGAAAUACCUGGGAGAGCAAGUCAACGCUGACCUCCCCUACGAGAUCGAAAGGGAGCUCCUUGCUCUGAAGCAAAGAAUCAGCCAGAUGUAGUCAGAGGCCGAGGGAUCCCCCUUUAGAAGCACCCCUUUUCCAUCUGUGGGGUGCACUCACAGCAAGAGAAAGCAAGUCUUCCCGAAUCCACAGCAGCUGUAAUGUAGUGACCACAGCAUUGAGAGGCAUCUUAACUGAUCAGAACCGCAGAGAAUAAGCUAGUGAGUAGUGGCUGGGGAGGGGAAUUCUUUGCAAGGCUCCAAACUUCACAGGCAGGGCAUGUUCCGUUUCAGAUUACUCAGGCAUGUGGUGUCCCAGAUUUUCACUUUAGCUGUAUCAGGUAGCUACAUUGCACAGACACAAUACUUGAGCUGUACAUAUGUGUGUAUGUGUGUGUGUGUCCGUAUCUGUAGGCAUGGUUGUCUAAAAGAUAUUUAAUACCUUUGGAAAGAUCUUGGGCAAGAUUAUUACCCACUAGUCACUAGAAAGAGAUGUUGCUUUGUUACUAAAAUGUGUGUUUAAAUUAUUUUUGUAUACCAUCCUUUUCUGACAUUUACAUAACUGCGAUUUGUUUCCUUUAGCAUUUCUUGGAGGGGGGGAUUGCAAAAUAAACUUUUAUAGAAAAGAGGUGGGUUUGGUUUGCUUGAUUUUCCCUGAUGCAGCCGCAGAGAGCUCGCUUAGACAACCUGAAAUUGCUGAAUUUGCUGGCCACCACUAGUGGUCACCCUUUAGCAACAUAUCUACAGCCUCUGAGCUGCAGGGCUUAGCCAGCUGGACUGGGGACCUUUAAAGGGGUGCGUGUGUGCGUGCGUGCAUGCGUGUGUGUGUGUGUGUGUGUGUGUGUUUAAUAAAAAUUUGGGUCUGGGGGCUCUGCCUUCCCCACAAAUUGCACUGUGGGCAGUGUCACAGACCUUGCUUUUUAACACUUUUUCUUUUGGUACCCCUGUUUUUAUCUGUCAUCAAUAAAAUACUGGGCUAGAAAAGCA